AUGGAUUGUGAUUCUCCUAUCCAGAUCCGCGUUUCGCAGGAUUUGGAUAUGCUUUGGGAUCAAUUAGGUGUUGAAGCUAAAGAUCGAGUUUCAGCAAUGGCAUCAAUACAACAAAAAUGUCUCGAAAUUUAUAAUGCAUACGUAUUACAAGUUCAAAAGCAAACUGCGGAAACUAAAAUGCUCAUAGCACAAAUUCAACAAAAGCAUAAACAAGCAAUGGCUGCUUACGGAAUACCAGAAAAAGAAAUUUACGAAUGCUUCAAAUCUUCAAAUAGCGUUCAGCUAUUAGAACAAUUAGCUGCUGCUAAACUCGAAUAUGAACAGUUUAAAGUCAAAAUUACUGAACAAGUCCAAAAAAUCGAGAACAUGGUACUCGUAUGCAAAGAUUUGUUCGAUGCUUUGGAAGUUCCUCCCGAAAAACGUGGUGAGUUUCAGGAUGUUGGUGAAACAGACUUUACAAGAGAGCGCAUCGAGCGCUUCAAAAUAAAAGUUGAAUCAUUACAAAACGAGGUUAAGGUUAGAACCGCACAAAUCGAUCAAAUUAAAUCAAGAAUUAACAAGAUUAUUACAACAGAAAUGACUGAUUAUAAAGAUGAUGAUCUUAAGCUACUUGAUUCUAAAUCUGUUCAUGAUUCUUAUAUCAAAGCGCUCAGCGAAUUAGAAAAGCGUGUCAAUGCAGAAAAGAGUCGUAGAGUAUCAGAUUUAUCAUCAAAAGCUAUGGUGAUGAUACAUCUUUGGGACAUUUUAGGUGUUAAGAAGGAACAGAGAGAAGGAUUUCUUGCUGGCUAUACAAAUAUCAACAACAAUACUCUUGAUGCUAUGCAGCAGGAAAUUGAAAAGCUAACUGAGGAAAGAGACAAAUUAUUACCUAAAUUGAUUGAAGGAAGAAGAGAAGAAGUUAAUGAUUUAUGGACAAUGCUUCAUAUUUCCGUAGAGAACAGACCUCACAUUGUUUCAGAUGGAAAAGAUUUAGCUUUAGAAUAUAAGUUAUUAGAAGAUGAGAUUCUCAGACUGAAAGAAUUCCAGAUGAACUGCCAUGACAUAUUAGAAGUCAUAUUCCAGAGAGAAGGAAUCAUAAGUGAUUAUAAUUACGCUCAAAAUGUAGAAAAUGAUCCAAGCAGAUUAUUAUCACGUGGAAAAGGUAUGGCCAAGCAAUUAAUUAAUGAAGAGAAAGCUAGGCGUAGAUAUGCAAUUAUUCUUCCUAAAGUAAAUAAGAAACUCAGAUCUCUUUUAAUUGAUUACUAUAAGAAGAAUAAGAAACACUUCGAAUGGGACGGUAUUCCAUACAUAGAAAAACUUGAUCAACAAGAAGAUUCAUCAAAAUCAAAAUCUCAAAGGAAAGACAGGGAAAAUAUACCUUGUAAUAGCGAGGAUGUUGAGGAGAAAGCAGCUUCUCUUCCGAAAUCUCCUAGACACCAAAUAGUACAUAAAGAAAGUCCUGUGAUCAAAUCUGCUUCAUCCCAAAGAUUUAGAGUCUAA